UUCGGGAGGAGAUGGCGCCUGGGAAUGUUAUGGGGGCCGCCGAGGAGCUGGCUGACCAGUUCCUGCGUGUCACUAAGCGGUACCUCCCACACAUAGCCCACCUGUGCCUGAUCAGUACAUUUCUGGAGGACGGGCUACGCAUGUGGCUGCAGUGGAAUGAGCAGAGGGAAUACAUAAACAUGUCGUGGAACUGUGGGAUGCACCUUGCAACCCUCUUUGUCAUCUUCAACCUAUGUGGCCAGCUAGCUGGCUGUGUUCUGGUCCUGACACGGAAGUUUGUGCCCUAUGCUUGCUUUGGGCUGCUCGGGAUCAUCAUCCUGCAGACCGUUGUUUAUAAUAUCCUGUGGGAUGCAAAGUUUCUCAUGAGGAACAUGGCUUUGGUUGGGGGUCUCUUGCUUCUCUUGGCCGAGUCCCGGUCAGAAGGGAAGUCCAUGUUUGCCGGAGUCCCUAACAUGGGCGGCACGUCGCCGCGUCAGUACAUGCAGCUGGGAGGCAGGGUGCUGCUCAUUCUUAUGUUCAUGACUCUGCUUCACUUCAAUGCCAGCCCCUUCACCAUAUUCCAAGAUAUUUUUGGCCUGGCCCUUAUUCUCCUGGUUGCCGUGGGCUUCAAGACCAAACUGGCGGCACUUACUCUGGUGCUGUGGCUCCUCGUCAUCAAUGUGGUUCAGAAUGCUUUCUGGACAGUACCAUCGUAUCGUCCCCUCCAUGACUUCCUGAAGUACGAUUUCUUCCAGACCCUGUCGGUCAUGGGGGGGCUGCUCCUGGUGGUAGCACUAGGGCCCGGGGGAGUUUCCAUGGAUGAACAUAAGAAGAAAUGGUGAUCUCUUCCAGCGUUUGCCCUUCCACCACCAGGGACUGUUUAUCUAGUUUUGGAUGAUUGUACAGCUCCGUCAUAUAACUGGUUACUUGAGCCAGUGUCCCGGUUGGGCCAAAGAAUCAUUGUCCUCUGAAGGGGGUGGGAUGCAACAGGUUCAUUUAGCACAUCUUAAAUCCAUAAUUUCAUACAAGGACAUAAGAUUGGCUCCCAUGGAUGUGCUUCCAUCUCUAAUGGUUGGAGGUUUGCCCUAGAUUCCUAACCGUACAGGUCCUAGAGGUUUGAGUCUGGCCCCAUUGGUAGGGAGGUGGGGGCUUAUUUUCCGCUUACCUCUAGAACCAUCAUGGAGAUGGGAAGGAAUUACGAUAGUAGUGUAUGUUGACGUAACAGACUUUUCUAUGCAUUUGGGGUGCAUAGGAAAUUCUGUUUUUAGCUGGAAUAGGGUGUGGUUGAGUGUUCCGGGGGCUUCUGGAAAAUCAACCAGGAAGGCAGACCAAGUCUUGGAGCACAGUCUAGUAGGGAUACUGAGAGGCAGCAGGGGUAUUGGAUAUCUCUCCCAGAAUCCAUGUAGAACAAAAGAAUCAGGGUAAGAAACAAGUUCCUCCGACAACAUCCUAUUUCUGUUGCCCCCUGGGUAAGUUGGCUUGGGCGGGGUGCAUGUAUUAUAAGCCUACUGCCUAUUGGUAGACUGGAAACAGGGAGAAGCUACUUACCUAAUUGUAUUAUUUGGGGUUAUCCCUCCCAUCAUCACAUUUCACAACGGGCGGAAACAGAACGCCGCUCGCUUCUGGGCCGCCCAGAACAUGGCUGGAAACUCUUCCCUGCUCGGCAGACACAUCAAAGUGCUUUGUACCAAUGAACUGGGGUGUUUAUUUUAGUGUCACGGAUAUAGAAAUUUUAUGCUGCUGUUCGGCCACUUGGGCUAAACUCAUCUUCCAACGAUAUCUGCCCUUUUCUGAUGCUUUUUAUAUAAUAAAAGUUAUACUCGUAGGCACGCUGUGGGCUAAGUCCUGUGUCACACAAAGACCAACUGCAACAGUCGCCAAACUCUGCCCCUUUGUUUAGAGACACAACAUUAUCCGGAAGGGACAGCUGUGAAACCCAAUAUCAAAAUGUGCUUCCCAAAGCCUAUGGGAUCUGUUAUCUGGAAACCCAUUAUCCACAAAGCUCUGAAUUACGGGAAGGCCAUCUCCUAUAGACUGCAUUUUAAUGAAAUAUUUCACAUUUAUUUUUAAUGUUAUUUCCUUUUUCUCUAAUAAAACAGUGCCUUGUACUUGG